CAUCCAGUAAGAAGAUAGCGUUACGCAAUGAGCUGAACGCUCUAACCAACUGUGCCUUCGCAAGAGAUAGUAGCCUACUUCUGCUGCUGGUGUAAAAAAAACAAAAAAACUAACAUGACUGUAUGGGACUUGAACAGUGCCGCUAAACUAGCUUUUCCCUCUUCAUAAAACACAGUUGCUCUUCAAAGUUUCUCGCCAUAUUGCACCAAUCUACUGAAGAAGGAGAUUCGGUAGUCGCUCAUUUUUUUAUUUAUUUUUUAUUGGGAGCUUCAUUAUUCUCCUUACUUUCCGUCUGUCUCCUCAACGGGAUAUUAUUACGUGUGCAUUGUUUUUUCAGCGCAGUGUAAAACCUGGAAGUCUUCAAAGUAGGAUGGGAAGCCCUGAGAUCUACGAUUGAGCGGCUGGGGUUGAGACUCCUGUGCUGAGACCAUGCGUCCCUGCAGAGCUCCCGAGACUGACCGGUCCCUCCUGUAAUGAGGCGCAGAGAUGUGGGGCGCUCACGUCAUCCACCUGCUCACUGUCUCAGUGCUGUGGAGCUCCGAGAUUGCAGCGGGGAAGAUGCUGAAGGACACUCUGGAGGAAUGGAAGCGAUAUCACCUGGAGUGUCACAAGAAGAUGAUGUACGAUCCCUACCCACCAGGUGUGUUUUGUAACCGCACGUUUGACAUGUAUGCUUGCUGGAGCGAUGGUCUGCCCAACACCACAGCGAAGGUACCCUGCCCAUGGUAUCUGCCCUGGCACGACCAAGUUCGGAAUGGCUUUGUCUUCUGGUACUGCGGCUCGGACGGUCAGUGGCUCAUUAACAGCUCCGGAUAUCCCUUGAGAGACUUUUCCCAGUGUGAAUUGGACGACAGUCUCCGGAAAGCACAGGAGGAGCAGAUGAGACUCCUGGCCUAUUUCCGGGUCAUGUACACAGUCGGGUAUUCGCUAUCUCUCGGAGCUCUGACGCUGGCGCUCGCAAUCCUCUUGUCAUUCAGAAAGCUGAGAUGCACUAGGAACAACAUCCACAGCAACCUGUUUGCCUCCUUCAUGUUGAGAGCGAUCUCUAUCCUCACACGGGACGUCCUGCUGCUGAGACAGACCAGAGAACUGAGAGAUCACGGGGACCCGACCAUCAUGCUGAGCAACCAGGCUCUGACGGGCUGCAGGCUGGCCCAGGUGCUCAUGCAAUACUGUGUUGGUGUGAACUACUACUGGCUGCUGGUGGAGGGGCUGUACCUUCACAACCUGCUGGUGGUGAUGGUGUUCUCAGAGAAGAGCUACUUUAGAUGUUACCUGUUCAUCGGCUGGGGAACCCCAGUUUUGUUUGUAGUUCCCUGGGUUGUGGUCAGACACCUUUAUGAAGAUACUCAGUGCUGGGAAAUAAAUGAGAACAUGUCCUAUUGGUGGAUUAUACGCUGUCCUAUACUGGUAGCUAUUCUGCUGGCUCCUGAGUGGCGCAUCCAGAAAAGGAGCUCCGCGUGGAGUGCAGGUUCGAGUCCUGGCUAUUCCUUUGCCGACCGAGGACGGGAGCUCCCAGGUGGCGGUGAUCAAUUGGCCGAGUGCCGCCCAGGGGAAGGGAGGGCUAGGUCGGCCAAGGUGUCCUCGGCUCACCGCACACCAGCAACCCCUGUAGUCUGGCCGGGCGCCUGCGGGCUUGCCUGUAAGCUGCCCAGAGCUGCGUUGUCCUCCGACGCUGUAGCUCUGGGUAGCUGCAUGAUCAACUUUUUCAUAUUCAUCCAGAUUAUACAUAUUCUCAUCUCCAAGCUCCGAGCACAUCAGAUGAGGUACACGGAUUACAAAUUCAGGCUGGCGAAGUCGACCCUCACCCUCAUUCCUCUCCUGGGGAUUCACGAGGUGGUGUUCGCUCUGCUCACAGAGGAGCAAGCCAAAGGAACGCUGCGCAACGUCAAGUUCUUCUUCGAGCUCUUCCUCAACUCCUUCCAGGGGCUGCUGGUUGCCAUUCUGUACUGCUUUAUCAACACUGAGGUGCAGUCGGAGAUCAGGAAGAAAUGGCAGAGGCGCAAUCUGGGCGCAAGCCUGCUGGAGGAGCACCGCAACUCCUGCAGCAAAAUGCCACAGGGGGACGCCGGCAAGCCGAGGGCAGGGGGCGCGGAGAACGGGCACUGUCACCACGGGCCCCUGUACCAGUCUGCCUCCCAGCAGCAGCUCGAUGCCAACACAGAGUCCCACAGCUCUUCCGACAACUCGUCCUCCGGUCCACAGCACCACCACUCCGGAGCCAGGAAGGGCAAGUCCUUCUGUUACAUCUCCACUCGCAAGCAGCCCCCCAAAAGACUGGACUGCCUGCCCCCCAGCACAAGUGGAGCAGGGGAGGGCAGCAUCACGGCCCAGUGCACUGAGAGCUACUGCUGAGAGGCUGGCGUUUUUAAUUCGCUUCCAUCGUUCUUUAGUAAAGGGCUUCAUUGUCAUUUUAACAGUAUGUUUCCCUUCUGGUGUCUGCAAUCCAUUCCGAGUGGAUGUGGGUUUCUGUUGCUCCCAUAUUCAGUAUACUUUUUCUCUAAAUCUGCCUUUAUAACCUGGCUUUAAGCUUGCCUGGAGAGUCCAAAGUGCCGGGACCGAACAGCCUUCCUCGUUGCAUUCCAAUCAUGUGACGGAGUGACCUUUCAACUCUGCCAGCCCCACCUACUGCCUGUGUAAAUGUAGUGCAGGUGGGGCGUCACGUGAUUUGGAAUGAGGGCGGCUGUUCAGUCCCAGCCCUUCGGAUUCUCCAAAUAAGCUCAAAGCCAGUUAAGGCAGAUUUUAGAGAACAAAGGAUGAGUGGAUAUGAGGGUAACUGAACCCAGAACAACUCUGCAUGACGGCAAACGCUGUUACAUAGCAAGGGAAAUGCAACAGGCAAUGUUGUGGUGUCACCUUAACUUCAGCCAGAUAAUCCAGUGCUAUAAAACUCAUUAAAAUACUGCCUUGAAGGCGUUUUGUUAAAGCAACAUGUCAACGAAAAGACAUGUAACCUUUUUACCUCGGGAGUCAUUUUCUAUUUCCAAUUUUUUUUUUUUUUUUUUACUCUGGAUGUGUCUGAUGUUGAAUUCUUGAUAUAACCUUUUUUUAAAAUUGAGUUGGGCAGUAUCCCCUUUUAAAUCAAGGAUCCUAUCCUGUUACAAUCUCCUCAUGAAAGCAAAUAAAAAAAAGACUUGUAUGCAAUUAUCCAGACUUAAAAAAUAUAUUGUGUAUCGUUGUACUUUGGCAGUACAAGGUUUGGGCUGCUGCAGUUCUGCUAAUGCACCAACAGGUGGUGCUCUUGCGCUGCAUUUCUGACAGCACAGCAGUGGCCUCUGGUGGUUGGUAAAAGCAUUGCAGGUGAAAUUAGGGAAAAAAAAUCUUGGGUCUUUAUUAAUAAUUAAAUUGGGCUAAAUCCGAGUGGUCGUUGAACAGGUGUUUGAGCAAUUGUAAGGGAGGGGGCGGAUACUACUGAAGUGAACCACGAGCUUGUCCCCCAAAUUAUCACAGCCUACUGUAUCCUGCUCAAUCUGUGCCAGGACUGUAAGGAGGUGCUCAGGCAAGCAGAGGGACGGCUACCUCAACCUCCAGCAAGAAUUGUACAACAGCGGUACGAAGAGGGUCCUGCUAGAAAUGCACGGCUAUCUUUAUUUUUGUAACCCGACGGUGUGCUUUUAUUUUGUAUCACAUUUUUGUUUCAUUAGCUUCUUUUGUAUCUCUUUAUACCAAAUAUAGCAUCCUCAUUUGCGCUGUACGUAUAUGACUGCUUCUGCUAAAUAAAGAAUUGGAACAUUGAGAA